AUGGCACCACCAAGGAAGAUCAAGCUCAAUUAUAGCAAAGGCGCUACUCACCCAUCUGAAGAGACCAUGGCUGAUGUCCCUCAGGAGGAAGACCGCGCCGCGGUCCCGGCUCCCAGAUCUGACAAUUCAACUCAGCAGUCUCACAGCGUGGAGACCAAGAAGUCCCCCGAUGUGUACAUCAAGCAAGAGCCUACCUCUGGAACAGCAGACGUCCCUGCUAAUGCCACACCAAGCACUGCGACCCCCAACAAUGAGUUGCCCAAUGUUUCUGGGAUGGACGACGCAGAACUCAGUGCUCAUCUGAAGUAUUUUAAAGAGGAAGAAGAUCGGCUCCCAAAGAAAGAGGCUGAAGGUCUCCUGACAGAGCUCUACAGCCGCCAGCGUAAGCAGAUACGACACAACAUCAAGCUGCUCGAGGAAGAGCGCAGCAUCAGACAGAGGAUUCUUGCUGGCGCGCUCGAUUCCUCGAAAAGCCUUGGGCUGGGAAAAUUGCCAGCAAUGCAAGUCACCGAUGCACAGCGGAGGUCGUCUCGGCGCCAGAAACGGAAGCCAGGCAACAAUGAAGGGCCAAACAAGCGGCUCAAGAUCACGAAAGAGACCCGUCAGAUCAAGGACACAGUCAUGAGGGGAGCAUUCAACCUAAUCAAAGGAGAAGUAUCUACCGUGCACGACAAGGAUUAUACAAAGGCACUGCCUCAAAUCGGCGAAGCCCCUGUUCAUCUCAGAGAUCAUCUACAAGCGAUCCAGAACGCAGCGUUACAGAAUCCUGGUGUGAAGAAGGAAAUCAUAGACCACGAUAUUCGUGCCUUUGUCGGUAUAUUGACUAUGCUCGGAGCCUUUAUUCAGCCAUGGGUCUCACCUGGUGAUGGCCCCAAGACGGUCGCGGAUUUCAAAUGGCGACUCGCUGGCAUGAGUGAACCGCUUUAUCACCACCAGGUACCCGCGAUUGGGAUUAUGCUCAUGAACGAGAAGGAUCUCGAAAACGACGGGGAGUCCAAAUUCGCUCUCAAAUCUGGCUUUCUCUUCGAUUAUAUGGGCCUGGGAAAGACCGUGGAGAUUCUGGGUUGCAUUGUCACGAACUCGCCAGUCUUCCGGAAGGGCAAUCGCUCUGAAAAAGGACGCACCACGACUCUGAUUGUGGUACCCAAAUCCGCUGUUAUGCAGUGGGAGAAGGAGGUCCAACGUCAUUGUCAAGGCCUCAAGGUUGGCCUCUAUGAAAAAGAGUCCGAGAUGGAAGUGGAAGAGACCUUGGGCAACGAUAUCUUGAUUGUCACUUACGACCAGCUGCUCGCAGCAGAUCGUAUGGCUGGUCUGAGGAAAAAGAAACAAAAGGGCAAACCCCGCGUGUCAUUGCUAUUCAAGGCAAAGUUCUAUCGGGUUAUUCUAGAUGAAUGUCAUCGAGUCAAGUCUCAUCAUUCGGAAGCUUUCAGGCUUUGCUGCAAGCUACAUGCCACACACAGAUGGUGCGCUUCUGGAACACCUACGCCGAAUGGCAUAGCCGAACUAUACGCAUACCUCAAGUUCAUCGACCAUCCCCUGGUGACGGAUUUCCCGACUUUCAGGGACAAGUACCUCGGAGGCAAGAAUGGGAGGCUGUUCCCGAAAGGAGUCCAAAACAAGUAUGAGAAGCUUGAUCGACUCUUGGAGCAAUUGAUGAUCAUGCGGACUCCGGGGCACAAAUUUUUAGGCGGUGCCCUUGUUGAGCUGCCGGAGACUUACUUUCACGCCGACCCCGUGCCACUGUCCCCAGAAGAGGACAUCAUAUACAAAUUCGUUGAGGCUCACAUGGAGGCAUACAUCGUCAAGAAGUCGGGCAAGAAGCCGCAGAAAAAGCCCAGUCGACCCCGCAAGAAACCCCAAGAUGAAUCGGGAAUGGCCGCUGACGAGGAAAUGGGUGAAGGAUUGGGCUACAGGUCUCUAUAUGAGGUUGCCCUGAGACUCCGACAGCUGGUCGCCAGUCCCCUACUGCUGGAACAAAUUGUCAAGGGUGGGAUCUGGACGGCGAAUCAAGUAAAGGAGAUGCGGGAUAAAGCCCACAGCCACGGUUGUGACAAGACCCCGUUCAUCGACAAAUUUGAGUCCUGGAUGUCGGAGCCUAGAAUUCCUCAAACAGCUUCUAGGAAGGCCAAUAAAUUACGACGAAAGAAGGCCGAUCUGAUCAGAAACGACUGUCCAGGAUGCUCUAGUUCGACCCAGGAGGAGCCCCACAGGUCGCAGUGCCUUUGCAUUUGGUGCAAGCAGUGUGUGGAUGAUCGGAUUUUUCUUGACACGCAGAGAAACAGAGAAAUUCGUUGUCCUCGUUGCAAAAAGCCCAUUGGAGCCCCAAAACCAUGCGAGCUUCCUGGAGAGCUCUCAACGGGGUCAGGGGCGCCAGACACUGAGCGGCCGCGAAUGAGAGGAGAGGAUUUCUUGAAUUUCUCACCGAAGGAAGACUUUGACACCAGUUUGUUCCGAGACCUGGAUGCGAAUCCGAGCGCAGAGAUACCGCUCAGUUCCAAGAUGCGUGCGACCCUUGAACAGAUCCAAACUUGGCAGAGUGUUGCUCCACAGGACAAGAUCAUAGUGUUCUCCCAAUUCAUCGACACCCAACGGCUUCUGGGGCGUGUCUUACAAGACCACGGCAUCGAGUUCCUAUAUUUCAUGGGCGAGAUGGACUAUGACCAGCGUGAAGCGGCGAAGGAGCACUUCCGGACGAAUCCCGGUAUCAAAAUGAUGUCCAUGCAGUGCGGAGGGGAGGCGAUUAACUUGACUUCAGCGAACAGAGCUAUCAUCACAGACCCAUGGUGGAAUAGAAGCGUCGAGAUGCAAGCCAUCUGCAGAGUCGCACGUAUAGGCCAGCGCAAGGAGGUGCAUACCGUGCGACUCCUAGCAGAAAACACGGUUGACACUCGGAUGUACAAAAUGCAAGAGACCAAGAUCAGCCAAGUCGCGAAUGCGCUUCAGCACUUCCAGGAAGACAAAUCCUUUGGGCUCUGUGCCCUCAGGAGAGUCCUGGGUGUUCGGUUCUUAAGACGGGGCGACGAGGACGACGAGGCUCUCUUCAAAGACCAAGACGAGAUUGAAGACGACGACGAGUAUUAUUCCGCCGAAGAAGACCGACCAGGCGAUGAGAUUGAUGAGGAUGACGAGGACUAG